AUGGAUUUCAGUUCCUCAUCAGUGUUUGAUCAGCACAAAGGUGAUGCAGCAGAAGAGAUUGACUUGACUGUGGUUUACCAAGCAGCAGCUAAUGGCGAUGUGAACACACUAACUGCAGUGAUUCGAGAAGAUCCUUCCAUCCUGGAGUGCUGCGACAGUGAGGGUUGCACACCUUUGAUGCAUGCUGUGUCAGGACGCCAGGUUGAUACAGUGAAGCUUCUGUUGAAGAUGGGAGCCAAUAUUAACACUCAAGAUGCUUGCGGACGUACCAGUUUAUCUCUGGCAACUUAUCUGGGCUGGCUGGAGGGCUGUGUCAGCCUGCUCAGAAAUGGUGCUAAGCAGAACAUACCCGACAAAAACGGGAGGUUGCCACUACACGCGGCUACAGCAGAGCCUGACGUGAGGCUUCUGAACGUGCUUCUGCAGCAGUCAAAUCUUAGUGAAAUUAAUCAUCAGGACAAUGAGGGAAUGACUUCACUCCACUGGGCUGCUUUCCACAACAGGCCCCAGCACACCCAGACUCUGCUGCACAAGGGAGCGGACCUGACUCUGGUAGACAAAGACUUCAAAACAGCUCUGCACUGGGCGGUACAGAGUGGCAACAGAAUUCUGUGUUCCAUCAUUCUGGAUCACUAUCAGGGGCCAUCAAUAAUAAACUACGAUGACGAGAAUGGCAAAACAUGUAUGCACAUUGCUGCUGCUGCAGGCUACAGUGAUAUAAUCAGUGAGCUGGCUAAAGUCCCGGAGUGCAACCUGCAGGCCCUUGAUGUGGAUGACAGGACACCUUUGCACUGGGCUGCAGCAGCAGGGAAAGCUGACUGUGUGCAGACACUGCUAGAGCUGGGGAUAGACAGUAGCCCUCGAGACAUCAAUGAAAACACUCCUCUGAUAUAUGCAACAUACUGCGGGCACACAGCAUGCAUCAAGCUGCUGUCUCAGGAGAGCAGUAGAUCUGAGCAGGUUCAUCAGUUUACCUCCCAGAACAACAGACUCCUAAAGAAAGAAGGACGAUUCAGUAUGCUGAACCACAUUUUCUCUUGCAAAAAGAAGAAUGAUCAUAAAAACAGUCAGGAGGAGAAAAGCAGAGAUCGAUACCCUAGAGAAGAGACCUCAGAAGUAGAUGACAUCAUCACCACUUUUGAUUGCAUUAUGGACACAAGCUGCAAAGAUAUUCUAGAUGAGUGUGUGACCACCAUCGACUUUAAAAGAAGGAGCACAGACACAAAGUACCUGAUACCGGAAAAGAAGCAACCAGAGUGUCAGGGACUUCUGCCCAUCAGAACCCAGAGUCUCCCCCCAAUCACUGUGGGCAAUUCCUUUCUGACUGUCUCCCAGAGCACAACGUCAAGCUUCUCCUCCAGCACCAGCACCCACCAUUUUGCACAUAAGUCUCAAAAGAGUAGGAGUGAACACAACUUGCUGGACCACAGAAGCAGCUGCCAGGCUUUGUUGGAUGAUCCCUGGAACAUAGACUCUAACCAGCUACUCUCCUACAAAGUUUGCACUAGGACUCCUUCAGACAAACUGCUAAAUGGCUUAAACUCUGAUAGAUCUCACCAUGUGCUUUUGUGCCCUCCCCGCCUUCCCUCAAUUCCCAGUUCUCCAUCAGGUAAAAAUUUUCAACAGAUGUCCAUAGACCAACCCAAAAUAACAAAUCUCACUCCUGUACGGAACAGCCUAGCUCCCAUAUUCAACCACUGUGCUCACAAAAUUCAGCUACCAUCUCAGGGUGCUAAGAAGUUUAAGUCUCUGCCUUUAAAUUCCCUAAGGACUGGUGCAGUUAUUCUCCCACCAGCCUCAACUUCCAGAUCUCAGAAAAGGGGAUUUUCUCAGAGUCAUUUCCUCUAUUCUCUCUUGCCUGGUCUAUCAGGAGAACCUCUGAAACCAAGCCGUGCCCUACCUGCUAUCCCAAGCCAGAAGAAAUCUAAUCCUGCAGAAGAGCUUGUGAAAUCUCUCACCAAACCAGACACUGAAAAUUAA